CCAAAGUUGACAUGAUGAGAUUGCGCGAGUGGAAAACUACGAUCCUGUAAUGUUGUCGUCGGGUUUUUUAUCCCAUUUUUAAGAUGGGAGCAAAUGCAUCUGCUUUGGAGAAAGAGAUUGGAUCAGACCAGUUUCCUCCCAAUGAGCAUUACUUUGGAUUAGUCAAUUUUGGGAACACCUGCUACUGUAAUUCCGUUCUUCAAGCGUUGUAUUUCUGCAAGCCCUUCCGGGACAAGGUACUCGGCUACAAGGCCCAGCCGAAGAAGAAGGAGAACCUACUGACGUGCCUCAGCGACCUCUUCAAUAACAUCACCACACAGAAGAAGAAAGUGGGCGUCAUCGCACCCAAGAAGUUCAUCGGGAGGCUGCGCAAGGAAAAUGAGGUGUUUGAUAACUACAUGCAGCAGGAUGCCCAUGAGUUCCUCAUCUAUCUACUCAAUACAAUAGCGGAUAUCCUGCAAGCGGAGAGAACAGCAGACAAGCAAGGUAGUAAACCAAACAGUAAAGCCAGUACGCCAAACGGUUCGUUAAGCAACAACAACGACUAUCAUCACCACAAGACGGAACCAACAUGGAUCCAUGAAAUCUUUCAGGGUACCCUCACCAACGAGACCAGAUGCCUCUGCUGUGAAGGGGUGAGCAGCAAAGAUGAGGAUUUCCUGGACCUGUCAGUUGAUGUGGAACAAAAUACUUCAAUCACCCACUGUCUAAGAGGUUUUAGUAACACCGAGACGUUAUGCCAUGAGUGUAAAUAUUACUGUGAAACGUGUUGCAGCAAACAAGAAGCGCAAAAAAGAAUGCAAGUAAAGAAAUUGCCUCAGAUUCUAGCCUUACACCUCAAGCGCUUCAAGUACAUGGAGCAGGUUCACCGCUACACAAAGCUAUCCUACCGCGUUGUAUUCCCGCUGGAGCUGAGACUAAUGAACACAUCUGACGAUGCGACGAGUCCGGACAAGCUCUAUGACUUGGUUUCUGUUGUCAUCCACUGUGGAAGUGGACCAAACAGAGGUCAUUAUAUCACCAUCGUCAAAAGUCACGGGUUCUGGUUACUGUUUGAUGAUGACCUUGUAGAUAAAAUUGAUGUUUCAAACAUCGAGGAGUUCUACGGACUUGCAACCGAGGUCCAAAAGACGUCAGAUUCUGGCUACAUUCUCUUCUAUCAGGCAAGGGACUUAUAAGCCGAAGUCGUUUGGGGGGAGGGAAGGGCAGGAGUUGUAAACUAUCCAUAAUUACUUUUUAGUCAACAUGCUGCAAUGGUUUGUGAAUGGUCUGCGAGGAUUGUAAAUUGGGAGAGGGAAGUUGUGUCUUGGUUUAAGUGAGUUUAUACUUGGUAAAGAAAUCUUCAACAUUUCAAUGGCUAAGGGUUGUCCGAUGCAUUCAACUAGUUCCUUGUGUUUGUGGAAAUGUGUCUUCACCUUGUGUCUUCAUGAAUUUCAUUUAUCUGGUUUACACACGAAAAUGUGCUUAGCAUGGAAACACCUUGCUUAGUAGAAAUGGGUUACCGGCUAAAAUGAUGUGUACUAGACAUACAUGUAGUUGUAACUGGUUCCCUAUACAUUUUUAUUUUUAUUUUUUCGUUUUGGUAUUUUGGGGGGUCAUCAGUCCACCGCAGAUGAUGAACAGGAGUUUAUUCAUACAUGAUGGCCCAAAAUACCAGCUGGGCCACGAGCAAGAGUCCAGUCCUUUUAACUUUGGGCAAGUAACAUCACAACCAAACAAGUCCUAAAAAUGAGUGUUUUUUUUACCCAAACCAGUAUAUUUGAAGCCUUCGCCAAAAUAUUCUCAUCUUUUCAAUCCCAAACCUCCAUCCUAAAAUGUCGGGAAAUAUAUAUAACAUCAAGUAAAAAAAUCACAAGGGAAACUAACUGGGUAAAUUUACGUUGCAGGGAAAGUUAAUCGCAAUCUCAGACUUGAAAUCAAGAGUUAUAGCAUACAUGUAUGAUAGCCAGUAGAGGCAAACAGAGCUCUGCAUGACUGAUGCAGACCAAAGUAAAGGCAAUCUUAAGACUUGAAAUCAAGUCUAGAAAUGAACUUGACUACAUAUGAGCUGACUAAAGCAACAAGCACCCUCAUGCAUGGGUUUUGAGCUAGGAUUUGGUGAAAGGGUGUCUAAGUUUGCUGGAAAUAAAAAGAAAUGGGUGUUCAAAUUGUUCACUUGUAAUACGUUUACAUGUACAGAUAAAACAGGGUGUCCAAACUUACAACAGGGUUUCCAAAAGACACCAGACACCCUAUUGGCUAACACUAAGCCCUCCUGAAUUUGAAUAUCGGUUGAUUAAAUUAUCACAAAUUUAACUCAGUAAGCAUUAAAGCAAUUACCAUCAGCAAGGUUGUAGUUUGCAAACAGCACAUAAGUUGUAUCUUUCAAAAAAAGGAACAAAAAAAACGAAAGUAUUUUUCUAAAAAAGGCAACAUUCUUAUUUUGUAAUGAUUUUAGAAAAGUCGAAAAGAGUUGCCAAAAGUAGCAUAUGUAAUGAAUAAGUAUAGAGAUUAUUUCAAUAAUUUGUACAUAAAUAUCUGAGAGAUGUUGAUAAUUUUUGUAUAUGUAAAGCAGAUUUUAGUGUCAUGGUGGUAACGUGUGGUUGAGUGUGGUAAGAAAAAAAAGUAACCAAUUUUAUUUUAACAGUAAUCUGUGAGUUUUUUUAUUUUAAUUUGUUCCCCUUCAGAUGUGGAAAUGUGAUGUUUCUUUUUGGUUUUAAGGUUAACGCUUAGUGCGUUUAAUACUUGUUAUUUUUUCUUGUUUGUUUAAACAAUGCAUUUGUAGCCAGCCCAGGGGCUAAAUUGCUACAAACUUUACAAUUUAAAAACACUACAAUGUACAUUAUAUAACUUCUGUAAAAAUAGUUACUGAUUUGCACAUGAAACUAAAAUAUAACUAGAAAACCAAAACAUUGCUAAAAAGAGAAAAUUUAUACUUGGUUCAAAAUACUGACACAAAAAUUUAGGUAUCAGACUAUGUUUGUUUUUGUGGGAAAGAUUGUUAAUGUUUCAUAAGUUCAUACUGCAAACUAAAACCUCUUUGUUUGGGUAACCACAGACCGAACAUAUCAAAAUCGUUCAGCUUUGGUGCAAAGAUCUUUUCUGUGUCAAUGACGUAACAUCUUGUGCUAAAUGCAUUAGGACGUGGCGAUCCAGUCUUAGCCGUAGCCGAGGCUGCCAGUUCAGACACAACCCUAAGUUUAAGAAAACAUCUGCCUCUAGCUACCGGGCAAUCUCGGUAGUCUCGUUGGUAAGACACUGCUCUAUUGCAAGGGUCAUGGGUUCGAA